AUGGCGUCCAGCGUGGAUGCAAAAUUGAUUAGGCGAACUAAGUUCCCUCCUGAGUUCAAUAAGAAAGUGGACAUGACCAAGGUCAAUGUUGAGGUCAUGAAGAAAUGGAUCGCAAGCCAAAUCUCCAAGAUAUUGGGGAACGAGGACGACGUCGUCAUCGAGCUCUGUUUCGCACAUCUUGAGGGAUCACGCUUCCCCGAUAUCAAGCUUCUCCAAAUCCAACUCACCGGAUUCCUUGACAAAGAUACACCCAAGUUCUGCCAAGAGCUGUGGUCGUUGUGUCUAAGCGGUCAGGAAAAUCCACAGGGCGUCCCGAAGGAGCUCCUAGAAGCCAAGAAGCUUGAGCUCAUACAAGAGAAGGUGAUUCUCGAAGCUGAGAAAGCUAGUGAAGCACUUCGACGCCAGCGGGAACAAGACCAAACCCGCGAACGAGAGCUGGAUGAUGUGAGACGCCGCGAGCGAUCAGACCGCGGCCGUGGGGAAGAGGCGGUGACCGCGGUGGCCGUGGAGGUCGGGGACGAGACUUCAACAGAAGAUCUUCGCCCCCCCGAGACCGAGACCGCAGCCGAGACCGCUUCCGCGAACCUCCAUCUCGACGUGACUUUGACUCUUACGUGCCAGCUGGCAAUCGUCGCGGCCGCCGUUCAUCCAGAUCUCCACACGGCACCCGUUCUCCAUCCCGAUCCCCAAAGCCAUCGUCACCAUCUCGCCGAAACCGCGAUGAACCACGCCACAGACGACGCGAACGUCGCUCCCGUUCCCCAAGCAACUCAGUAUCUCCCGAGCGACGCAACCGCGGAGGAGCGAGAAGGCGAAGCAGUCCGGAUUACGGUGAUCGUAGGAUACCGCCGCCGACAAAGCUCCGUCUCCCGCAGUAGUGUAUCUCGCUCGCGAUCCCGCCGCUCAUCUGCACGCUAUGCCCGCCGCGAUUCUCGUCGCUUGAGCCGCAGCCGCAGUCGAAGCCCUGACCGUACCGGUACACGUGAUCGUGGUGAGAACCGUCGCCGCCGCAGCCCCAGCGGUGGUCGCAGCCGUAGCCGCAGCCGCAGCGUCAAGAAGGACACUGACGGCAAGCGGCGCCGCUCUAUUGAAAGAUACAACCCUGAUGAGAAACGACGCAAGAUGGCUGAUGAGAAUGAGGAUUCCACCCGAACCCCCUCGAAAUCUGAUGAACCGUCCAAAACUGAUGACAAUGAGACAAAAGUUGCCGAGCAGACCAAGAAACCACUUUCUGCAUGGGUAAACUCUACUGGGUUCCGUGAGAAAUUACUCCGUGAGAGAUGUAUUGCUAUGCGUCGCCGAUCUGGCGAGAAGCCGAGCAGUGCUUCGCCGCCAAAGCAGGACUAA